UUAUCAAUCAUCAAUAACUGAUUAAACUAUCAGACAGAAGAGGGGUGGGAUGAAAUGUGAACUAUGUUCGUUAAAAUUUGUUUAUUGAUUGCCUUCAUUUAAAUAAUGAAUUAGAUUAGAUUAAAAUUGUUCAGAAGCGGAAGUAAUUGUUCCAUUCUGCUGAGUAACGUUGUUAGAUUGCGGUGUAAAAUACAUAAUUCUAAUAUCAGUUGGUCCUCCAGUAUUAAAGUAAAAUGGCCAGUGCUGAAUAUAUAAAGGUUUUAACGCGGGCACGAAAUGCAUUUAAAGGUGGAGUUACUAAAAAUGUUGCUUUUCGUAUUCAACAGUUGAAAAACAUGUACAGAAUGUUAGAAGAAAAUGAAAAGCCGAUUGCAGCUGCUCUUGCACACGACUUGGGAAAGCCUCGUCAGGAAGCCAUUAUAUAUGAAGUUGAAUUUUUGUUAAAUGACAUUAGAUGCAUGCAACACAACAUAAAGAAAUGGGUGAAACCUUUACCCACAGAUAAAAAUCUUAUCACUCUUUUGGAUGAAACUUUUGUGCAACCUGAGCCAUUUGGUGUUGUGUUAGUUCUUGGUGCUUGGAACUACCCCAUUCAACUAUCAUUAAGUCCUAUGAUUGGUGCCAUCACUGCUGGAAAUUGUGUUAUCCUAAAACCAUCUGAAUUGGCACCCAAAACGGCUGAAAUUCUAGAAACUCUCAUACCAAAAUAUUUAGAUAAUGAAUGUUAUCAUGUAGUUAAUGGAGGACCUGAAGAAACAGCUGAAUUAAUGAAAAACGAAUUUGAUUAUGUAUUUUAUACUGGCUCAACACGUGUUGGCCAAAUUGUCAGAGAAGCAGCAAACAAGCAUCUCACUCCUUGCACAUUAGAACUUGGUGGUAAAAGCCCUGUCUAUUUUGACAGUACAGUAAACUUUGAUGUAGCAUGUAGGAGACUUUUGUGGGGUAAAUUUAUUAAUGCAGGUCAAACGUGUGUUGCCCCUGAUUUCGUGUUAUGUACAAAAGAUACUCUUGAGAAGCUAAUACCUGCCAUGAAAAAAGUCUUGAAAGAAUAUUUUGGUGAAAAUCCCAAAAAUUCUCCUGAUCUUGGACGAAUACUGAAUGAAAGACAUUUCAAUCGAUUAUUAGGUUUAAUGAAAGAUGCCAAUGUAGCAAUUGGAGGUGAUCAUGAUAUUUCAAUAAAGUAUAUUGCACCCACUGUGAUGUCAAAUGUUAAACUGACUGAUCCUGUAAUGCAAGAUGAG